AUGCCAGAAGAGAAUACGAAAAAGCGCAAAUUGGACGAUGUGCCCGAAAUCGAGAUCGACGUCUCCGCCCCCGAACCGCCCUCCAAGAAAGCUCUGCGCAAGGCCAAAAAGAAGGGCAUCAGUCCUGAAUCGCUAAAGACUGAGGCCAAAACGGAGACAAAAACAGAGAAUAAGACGGAUAGCGAGACUGAGACGAAGACUGAGACGACCAAGAAGAAAAAAUCUACCAAGCAGCGCUCCGAAUACGGCGUCUGGAUUGGAAAUCUCGCUUUCACCGUCACGAAAGAUGACCUCCGCAAGUUCCUCACAAGCAAUUGCUCGUUCUCCGAGGCCACGAUUACGCGAAUUCACCUGCCUAUGGGCCCCUCGAAGAAUGGCACCUCUCAGAACAAGGGAUUUGCCUACAUCGACUUCUCAAACAAGAAAGCCAUGGACGAGGCGAUUGGGCUGAGCGAGCAGCUCCUCUCGGGUCGUCGAGUGCUAAUCAAAGGCGCCCAGGACUUCGAGGGCCGGCCAGAGCAACAUCAGCAACCGGGUGCCUCGAAAUCGUCGGGCAACCCGCCUUCGCGCAAAAUAUUUAUCGGUAAUCUCGCUUUUGACACCACGAAAGAAUUGCUCGAGGAGCACUUUUCGCGGUGCGGGACCGUCACCAAUGUGCACGUGGCCACCUUUGAGGACUCUGGGAAAUGCAAGGGCUUUGCUUGGGUGGAGUUUGAGACCCUGGAAGCUGCCGAAGCCGCCGUGAAGGGCUUCGUCAAAGUGAAGGAGGAGGAAGAGGACGACGAGGAAGAAGAGGAAGAACAGACUGGAUCUGACGCUGAGGAGAAACCUGCCAAAACCAAGACCAAGAAAUCCAAGACGAAGAAGAUCUGGGUGAACCGCUUUCUGGGACGGCAGUUGCGGAUGGAAUUCGCCGAGGAUCCCACCACGCGGUAUAAGAAGCGAUUCGGAAAGGGAGCCAAGGGCAAGGCCAAGAGCAAGGGCGAAACAUCUGAUGAGGCUAUAGUGGAGGAAAACGAUGCGGUUAAUGGAGACUCUGGUGAUGGAUCGCAGCCAAACCACGCUACAAAGGAACGACGCAAGAAGGACAAGCAGCAAAACCAGAAACAGCCGAGGUAUUCCAAAGAGACGGUGCAGAGGCUCACCGGGGCCAUUGUCGAGCCGCAAGGAAAGAAGAUCACAUUCGACUGA